GGCGGCGGCGCGAUGGCGCGGGCGGCGGCGGCGGCGGCCCCGGGGCGGCGGGCGACGCGGAGGGCGGGCUGAGCGCAUGGAGCGGCGCGGGCCGGUGACCGCGGCGGCGAGGGGCCGGGCCGGGCCAGGCGGAGGACUGUAUUGCCAGAGGACAUGAUCAUCUUGAGGCACCUGGGCAGCUCUCAGGAAUCCAGAGCAGCUGAGUUCCACACCACCAGCAGUGAGGGCCACUGCCUGCCACCCACAGACCUGGCCUUUAGGCUGCGCCGAAGCCAAUGAACCCCAUGCACCCUGUGAAACCCGCCCUGCCCCCCGCGCCACACGGUGAUGGUCCAUUUGCUUAUGAGGCGGUGCCUUGGCAGCAGAGCGCCACUCAGCCCGCGGGAUCGCUGUCGGUGGUCACGACCGUGUGGGGCGUCGGCAACGCGGCCCAGAGCCAGGUUUUGGGGAGCCCCAUGGGCCCUGCAGGGAGCCCCCCUGGCAGCUCCGUGAUGCCUGGCAUGGCCGGCAGCGGCUCUGCCCUGAACUCCCCGCAGUGCCUCGGACAGCAGGCAUUUGGAGAGGGUGCCACCCCCAAGGGCUUCGUGCAGCAGGGGGUGUACAGCCGCGGGGGCUACCCCGGGGGCCCCGGCUUCACUACUGGGUAUGCGGGCGGCCCGGGGGUGCCCGGGGGCCUGGGUCUGCCCUCACACGCCACACGACCCUCCACCGAUUUCACUCAGGCGGCAGCGGCGGCCGCGGUGGCUGCUGCCGCGGCCACGGCCACGGCCACGGCCACGGCCACCGUGGCCGCCCUCCAGGAGAAGCAGAGCCAGGAGCUGAGCCAGUACGGAGCGAUGGGGGCCGGGCAGGCUUUUAACAGCCAGUUCCUGCAGCACGGAGGUCCCCGGGGGCCCAGCGUCCCCAGCAGCAUGACCCCUGCCGGCGUGGGAGGGCUGCUGGGCCCCUCUGGCAUGAGCCCCAUGGGCAUGAAUCCCACCCGGGCAGCGGGCAUGGCACCCCUGUAUGCAGGGCAGCGCCUGCCCCACCACGGGUACCCUGGGCCCCCCCAGGCCCAGCCACUGCCCCGACAGGGGGUCAAGAGAGCCUACUCCAGCGAGGUUUACCCAGGGCAGCAGUUCCUGCCGGGAGGCCAGUAUGGGCCUAGUGCCACCCAGUAUGUGCCUGGCACCGGGCAGCCUCCCGCCCCCUCCUCCUACCCCGGGCACCGGCUGCCCUUGCAGCAGGGCAUGGGCCAGGCCCUGCCUGCCUCUGGCCCUGCAGGACUGCACUACAAGCCCGCAGAGCAGUUCAACGGGCAGGGCACCAGCUUCAGCGGGGGGAGCAUCAGCUACAGCCAGCCUGGCCUGAGUGGGCCCACCCGUUCCAUCCCUGGCUACCCCAGCUCCCCACUGCCGGGGAGCCCCACGCCGCCCAUGACCCCCGGCAGCAGCGUCCCCUACAUGUCCACCAGCCAGGAGGUCAAGUCUCCUUUCCUGCCCGACCUCAAGCCCAGUGUGAGCUCCUUGCACCCGUCACCCCCCGCUGCCGGCUCACACCAGCGCGGCCCGCUCCCAGGCAGCGGCCCCUGUGACGAGCUGCGGCUGACCUUCCCUGUGCGCGACGGGGUGGUCCUGGAGCCCUUCCGCCUGCAGCACAACCUGGCCGUGAGCAACCACGCCUUCCAGCUCCGCGACUCUGUCUACAAGACCCUGAUGCUGAGGCCUGACCUGGAGCUCCAGUUCAAGUGUUACCACCACGAGGACCGGCAGAUGAACACCAACUGGCCAGCCUCGGUGCAGGUCAGCGUCAACGCCACCCCGCUGACCAUCGAGCGCGGCGACAACAAGACGUCCCACAAGCCCCUGUACCUGAAGCACGUGUGUCAGCCGGGCCGCAACACCAUCCAGAUCACGGUCACGGCCUGCUGCUGCUCCCACCUCUUCGUGCUGCAGCUCGUACACCGGCCGGCCGUCCGCUCGGUGCUGCAGGGUCUUCUCAAGAAGCGCCUCCUGCCCGCCGAGCACUGCAUCACCAAGAUAAAGCGCAACUUCAGCAGCGGCACCAUUCCCGGGCCCAACGGCGAGGACGGGGUGGAGCAGACGGCCAUCAAGGUGUCCCUCAAGUGCCCCAUCACCUUCCGCAGGAUCCAGCUCCCCGCCCGUGGGCACGACUGCCGCCACAUCCAGUGCUUCGACCUGGAGUCCUACCUACAGCUCAACUGUGAGCGGGGGACCUGGAGGUGCCCCGUGUGCAACAAGACGGCGUUGCUGGAGGGGCUGGAGGUGGAUCAGUACAUGCUGGGAAUCCUCAUUUACAUUCAGAACUCCGAUUUCGAGGAGAUCACCAUCGACCCCACGUGCAGCUGGAAGCCAGUGCCCGUGAAGCCCGAUGUGCACGUCAAGGAGGAGCCCGACGGGCCCGUGCUCAAACGCUGCCGCACCGUGAGCCCCGCACACGUGCUCAUGCCCAGCGUCAUGGAGAUGAUCGCGGCCCUGGGCCCCGGGGCUGCCCCCUUCGCCCCCCUGCAGCCCCCCUCGGCUCCGGCCCCCGGCGACUACCCCGGGCAGGGUUCCAGCUUCCUGGGACCCGGGACCUUCCCUGACUCCUUCCCGCCUACCACACCCAGCACCCCGGCCCUUCCUGAGUUCACCGCGGGGCCGCCCCCCAGCUCCUACCAGUCCGAACUUCCCAGCAGCCUCCUGACACCAGAGAAGGCUGCCCCCUGCCUCCCAGGCCAGAUGGCACCAGCGGGUCACCUGGACCCGGCCCACAACCCCGGUCCACAGGGGCUGCACGCCCCCAGCCUUGGGGGGCCCCCGGGGCCCCAGCUGCACCAUCCAAACCCUCCCCCAGCAUCCCGGCAGCCCCUGGGCCCAGUGAGCUCGGGCCCAAUCGGCGAGCUGGCCUUCAGCGCGGCCACAGGCGUGAUGGGGCCCCCCAUGUCUGGGGCGGGGGAGGCCCCGGAACCGGCCCUGGACCUGCUCCCAGAGCUGACCAACCCCGAGGAACUGCUGUCCUACCUGGGCCCACCUGACCUCCCCACAAACAACAAUGACGACCUGCUCUCUCUCUUCGAGAACAACUGAUCCUGUAGACCCCACCCAGCCGGCGGGGACACGCCCGCAGAUGUCACCGUGCCCCGCCCCCCCACCUGCGUCCGCCCCGGCCCCCCGGCCCCCCGGCACUAGAGGCAGCUGCGCUGGGGGGGAGGGGGCUGCGCGUGGACCCCCUGACCCCCACUCUGCUGCAGAAUGGUGUUUGAUGAGAUGCUCAGCCCCGCCCCCCCAGCCCAGCUUUGCCCCGUCCAUACACCCCUGCUACCCCAACUUUGCGCCUCGCCCCUGGUCCCUCCAGCCCUGCCUGCUCCCACCAGCCUGCAUCUUGUCCAGCGUUGACCCUUCUGUUUCAACAACCCCUUGGCUCACUGGCGAGGAGCCGGGCUGCUCUGUCCAGAGUCUGCGCUCACGGUGGGAGCGGGACCCCCUCUUCCCACCCGCGGCUUCAGGCCAAGGCUGCAGGGUGGGGCGCUCUAAAGCACAAUGAUGUACAUAGCGUAGGAACACUAGGAGGUGUGGACGGCCAGUCCCUCCUGGGCUGCCAGGGACCCCGCGGGCUCCUGGCCCCGCCUGGGUGCGGACGGCGGGGGGUGGGCGCUGCAGCUCCGCUCCGUGUGCGCAUUCUCCAGCGGGUGGCUCCUCCGAGGUCCCCUUUUAUGUGAAAGUGAAGAAUCCGUGCCGCCGUGUUUUUUACACCUGCCUCUCCCGUGCCCACCCUGGGGCCAAGCCAGGUGGGGGAGGAGGAGCCUCCGAGUCGUGUCCCCUGUCUGCCCGUCUCUAUUAAAGGACUCCCUCACGCCGGG